UCAGUCGCCAGCAGGACAUCGAGCAGUGCAAGUCGCGUGGUCGCGCUUUUCCGAUAACUCGCCUGUGGUUGUUGCUCGUGUGACUCUGACUCUGACUGCUGCUGCUGCUGCUGCUGCAGUGGCACGUGAAGUUCUGUGUGGACUGCCUAAAGUUUCGAUUCGUCGUCGCCUGCGUGUCCUUGCCGCAUCCUUAGCCUUGCUCACGGUCGCCCGCCCGAGAGCCAAUUGAAUGCAGUUGCCGUGGUGUGCUGUGGAUGUUAGAAGGGAAUAGAAGCCAGCAUAACCCCGAGACAUUUGCAAUCCGUGCAUUAGCAUUAGCAUAAAGUGCCUGCCUGAUAUAUUGACGCACAAUCGCCGGAUAACGAGAAAUGCCAUAAGCCCCGGAAAAGCAGCAAGCCAACAAACCAGCAACCAAGGCUGCAGGUGCACCAGCGCCAGUAGCAGCGGAAGUGCGCCUGCCAGACGACAAAAAGAAAAUGCAUUUAGUUUUCCAGUAAAGUGAAACGCAGCAGCAGAGAUGAGCGAACGGGGCAGCGGGGGAGCGGUGACGGGGGGUCGGCAUGCUCGCGUUAGUCCAACGCCAGGACGUGGCAGCAAGAUUGCGUAUACGCCGUGUCCGCGCUCCGAACCGCCGCAGGAUCUGGCGCUUGCCGUUCCGCCGCCGCCGCGCAAUUGCCUGGCCAUCCCGAUGUCCUCACUGCAAACGGCCAAUGGACCCGGCACAAAAGUGAACUUUGGUGGCGGCGCCAACUCGGGAGUCACACGAGCGGAACCAAUCUCAUUGGCCACCCUGGAUCGCGACUGCUUCAUCAUUCCCGUGCACAGUGUGGACCGCUUCCUGCCAGCUGGCAUUCCUCUGCCCGCCUUAAGUGCCGAUGGUAAGGCCACAAGCCCUCUAAGUGUCUUGGAAGUCUCCGAUCCGAAGCUGUGCAUUCUGGUGCAUUUGAUGAGUCCCCUGGAGGCCAUCGAUCCGGUAAUGGAGUCGCCACUAGCGCAUCCGCUGCUCAAGCAGCGCUCCAUUGCCGCCGAAUUGGUGACCGAAGUGCAGCAGGCCAACACGGCAGUGGGCGGAAUGCUGCUGGCCAACAUGGAGAAGAGCUCUGAGUUCCCCUUCAUCUCGUACUACCUGAUCAAUACGCUGCAAACGGAUCCUUCCAGCUUCUAUGCUGGCCUGCGCGUCUCCUCGCUGUCCAAGUUUGAGCCAAAGGCCCUCAAAUACACUGCCGCCCACACACUGGAUCUGUAUAGCGAGGUGGCUGCCAUUUGCCGGCCGCCGUUGGUUUUGCCCUCCAACGAGGUGGGCAGCUUCAAGAAGUCGCAGACCGCGGCCACCGGCUACAUUAUUAGCGUGUUCAAGGUUUUCGAGGGCGACGAUGGCGAACGAUUCGAAAAGAACUGGCUCUACUGGACCGGAGCACGGAUGUUGUACAGGUACCUGCCACGUGCCGCGGGCCUGAGGCGCAUCGCCCUGCACAAGAGCACCUCGCAGAAGGGCGACAAGAUGUAUCUGCUGGUUUGCGAGUGCGCCGAGCUGCUGAAGGACAUCUCGCUGGCCGCCUUCCUGAUUCCGGCGCUGCGAGCUCGGCUGUGCGGAUACACCGGACUCUAUCGACCAAUACAGGCCUUCUAGUCCAGAGCGCUGGAGUCGCGUAUUUUUCUAUUUGUAUCUGUAUAUAUAGUGGAUCUGGAGUAUGGAGUAGUAGUCUAUGGAUAAACUAAUGCGAAACAAACACUUGAAUGUGAAGGAAACUGCACCUGUUACGUGAUUCUAAUUCGAUAUUAACUAGGCCUAUACAAAUUUUUCAAAUCUCUCUAGUAAAAGUCGGCAAUAUCAGCGCUGCGAAAGUGCAGGGGGUUAAUGUGCUGGUUAACCCUCGAUUAGGCAUCUAACUUAAGUAGUAGACAAUAUACUCAAGGUAACUUCAUAUCGUGUGCUAGAUUUUUCUAUAAAUCAUAUAGAGGCCAGCCCAAUUAAUAGGACCAUAUCUAGUGUGAGUUGGUAGCAAAGAACUUCCAUUUUAGCCACAGUGGGAACUAUAUAUGUAUACCGAUAUAUCAUAGUAGUAAUUCACAUAUUUGAACGCUGAAUUUUGCGCUGAAAUGUAGGCUAUGAAAUCUGCAAACCAAAAGUCAAUUCUUAGCAUUAAAAACCUAAAUGAUUGUCAAGCUGGGGAAUGAAUUUAAUUGAAAGGGUUUCAUCAGAGGGAUGGGGGAUAUAGCUAACUUUGCCCAAAUCUAACAGAAAUCUGCCAAAGAUAUAAGCAAAUCUAAACUCAAUUUGAAUCAAACAAUUGUUUAAAAUUGCAUAUUUUAUAUAUCUAAGCAAAUGAUUAAGCCAAAUACGAUUUUCAAUCAAAACAUUGACUAAUUAUUGCUUGGCUACAGCUUGCCACUUACAUUUAUAACAAUUGUAAAUAGUUUGAUGAAUUUUUAAGGCACUUGCUCCGAAUACACAAAAAACGCCAGAUUCCUGGCCUAUACAUAUUUGAGAACUAUAUAAUUUUGCACAAUAACAACAGAAUCAAAAAGUGCUGUGAUAAUUAAACUAAAGCAGAGCAGAGCCGCCAAUGCAAAGAAAAUAAAAGUAAUGAAAACCAAUGAAUAGGGAUAAUCCCAGCCAUAGAACAUACAAUAAUUUCACCCAGUCAAAGACAAUAUCAUUUAGCUACCAUUGAAUAUUCACUGGUCUGUGUGUGUUUUUUUUUUUUUUGAAAACAAAUCCAAUUAAUUAGAUUACCUAAAAACAGAUAACUCUCAAUGCUUAUGCUAAGCCUAAAGCCUAAGAAUAUAUUAAUUACCAAUUGCAUUAAUAAUAAAGCGUAACACUAAAAUACACUAGAGUAGUCCUUUAGCCAAAGAUAUUGUCGAACAAGUAUCCGCCACGUGGGCUCUUAAAGUCCGCCUCGCGUUUUCGAUGGAUUAUGUAGGCCUCGAACUUCUGCGUCUGCAAUGGACCCCAAUUGGCAGUGGGUUGCAUGGCCAGUCCGAAUUUCUGUUGAACAUUACACACAUGUAGUAUUUAUAUUUUCAAAAAUAUAUAACCCAUUUACUCACACUGCCAAAAGUCUUUCCUGGCUGCUGGUAAAUCGUCACCAAAGCCCAGAAGGGCAACUGCAGCACACCCAGUCCCCAGAUAAUCCAUCCAGCCAUAUAGUAGACCGGCGGAUACUGAACACCUCGGUACGUCAGAGGUUCGUAGCUGAAGAGCAUAUAGACGAGGACCAGGAACAUCAGACCAGGUGCCACAAUGGCCCAGCAGAUGCGCCAAUAGAAGCUGGUCUUCACAUUCAGCAUGAACUCAAUGUCGCUGCAGAUGCGCUUCACACCAUAAAUCCAGCCCACUGCCAACAAUUCUGCAAUGGCCAAGACCAGGGCUAUAAAAGUGCAGCCAUAAAAGUCGACGAGAUUCAGUACGAACUGUCCGCCCGGAGUCAUGUACACCAGGCCACAGAGGAAUCCAAUUAUCGAAGCACUCACGGCCAGCAGCCAGUGGGGCAAAUGGGUGAAUCGAUCCUUAACCACAUUCACCACAGCCGAAGCCAUUCCAAUAUUCGAUCCAAUGCCCAGGACCAGGAGCAUGAAGAAGAACAGAACGGCGAACAGUUGGGGAAGGUACUUGAAUUUGGCAAUGGCCUCUGGAUAGGAAAUGAACGCUAGACCAGCUCCACCUUUGACAACCUGCGAAAUAUCCUUGGUGUUGGUCUCAAAGGCCAGGUUGCCCAGAAUUCCAAAGAUGAUGCAACCAGCCAGAAUGGAUGUAAGCGAGUCUAUAGUGGUGAUUAUUAUCACAUCUCUGGAAAGGAAUGACACAUAAAGAUGAUCUGAAACCAAAGAGGUUACUCAACUUACUUGUGCACAUUCUUGUUGAAAUCAUUGAAGGAGGCGUACAUGACCAGCGUUCCGAAGCAGAUGGCCAGCGAGAAGAACAUCUGUGUGAUGGCCGCGUACCACACGUGCGGAUUGAGCAGCUGGGACCAUUGGGGCUUCAGGAAGUACACAAUUCCCUGCCAGGCACCUGGUAAAGUGACCGCCCGAAUGAGCAGUACGAUCAUGAUCACAUAGGGAAACAGGGCCAGGAAAUAGGAAGCUUUCCCAGAACUGCGAAUGCCCUUUGACAAAAUCGUGCCGAUGAUCACCCAAGUGGCCAGGAGACACAAGACCAGAUCCCAACUGGGAGUACCCAGGCCAUUAUCGUCCAGCGAUUCGGGCUCCCUCAGAACUGUUUGCCUGUAUUCAGUAGGUAGGUUAACUAAGGAUUCUAUAUUCCGAAACGAUCAAACAACACACUCACGUGAAAAACAGCUCGGCGGAGGAAACCCCCUGCACAAUGGAUGAGUCAUUGGCAGCUGUGGCUCCCGUCGCCACGCAACUUUUGCCCCAUUCCACGAGGCAAUAUGUCCAGGGCAGGACUUCACUGAAACUAGCCACCAAAUAUCUGAUGGUCAAGGCCAUAAUGCAGGCGUAGUAGGUGGUGGCCAAGGCGGUGGAAUACACCUGACCAUAGGCAAUACCUAAACGAAAUAAAGAAAUUGCAACCAUGUUGGGAAUGUGCUCCAUUCAACUCACUCACCCCUCAUUAUAGGUGCCAUAUCGAAGGCUCUGAUGCAACCACGGCUCGAGAACUGACCAAUGAUGACCUCCAGAUAGUAAACCGGUCUGCCAAUCAGCAGGAGCACAAUCACGUAGGGUAUGAGAAAGGCGCCACCGCCAUU